AUAUGUAUAUGUAUAUGUAUAUCAAUGUCAGGGAAGCGCGUGUGCGUGUCCGACUUCGAGGUGGACGCCAGGAAAGUUCUUCCUAAAGCUGUCUAUGACUAUUACAGCUCUGGAGCUGAGGAGCAGGUCACGCUGGCCGACAACGUGGCUGCCUUUAAGAGGUGGCGGCUGAUCCCUCGGGUGUUGAGGGACGUGUCCUCUGUGGAUCUGAGCGCGUCCGUGUUGGGCCACGAGCUCAGCAUGCCGCUGUGCGUCGCAGCCACUGCUAUGCAGAGGAUGGCUCAUCCGGAUGGGGAGACAGCGACGGCAAGAGCGUGCCGAGCAGUGGGGACGGGGAUGAUGCUGAGUUCCUGGGCCACCUCCACCAUAGAGGAAGUGAUGUCGGCAACGGCGACCUCGCCAGGCGUCGGCGGCGUGCUGUGGCUGCAGCUCUACAUCUACAAGGACAGAGAGCUCACGCUCUCGCUGGUCCGCCGGGCAGAGGCGGCGGGCUACGAGGCCAUCUUCGUUACCGUGGAUACGCCACACUUGGGGAGGAGACUGGAGGACAUGCGGAACUCCUUUAAACUGCCCUCACAUCUGCGAUUGUCGAACUUCUCAACAGACUCCUUGGCUUUGUCCGAGGGAGACUUCGGCAGUGACAGCGCGUUGGCCGUUUAUGUCGCCAAAGCCAUCGAUCCCGCUCUGUGCUGGGACGAUAUUACCUGGCUGAAGAAAAACACACGCCUACCUGUUCUUGUGAAAGGAGUACUAACUGGGGAGGAUGCUGCCAGGGCUGUGAACUACGGCGUCGAUGGCAUCUUGGUGUCCAACCACGGAGCUCGACAGCUGGACGGGGUUCCUGCCACGCUGGACGUGCUGGAGGAGGUUGUGGAGGCAGCAGCGGGUCGCUGCGAUGUCUACCUGGAUGGCGGAGUGAGGCGAGGGACCGACGUCCUGAAGGCGCUCGCCUUGGGAGCGAAGGCGGUCUUCAUCGGUCGGCCUGUGCUGUGGGGCCUCUCCUGUGAGGGAGAACAAGGUGUUAUUGCAGUUCUGCAACUUCUUAAAGAUGAGCUGACACUAGCUAUGGCCUUGGCAGGAUGUCGUUCCCUCUCAGAGGUGAGCAGAUCCUUGGUCAGGAGAGCGGAGAUGACAUCAAGAAUGUAACAUGGAU